ACGUCACUGUACCUCGUGCUAAUAAAUCAAGUGUAUAGUGUAAACGGAGCUUAAAUGGCAUUCUACUUAUAAAAGCCUAAAAUUUUGAAAACCCCUCUUUUGUCUAUAGGUUAUAUUUGUCUGGGGUAUAAAAUUCUUCUGAGCGGUCCACUGGGCACUGACAACAAUUUGUAACUGACACUAUGUCUAGGGUGGGCCGUGGUAGGGUAUGCUCUCACUUGGAAGGAAGCGGACGUGCGUGAAUGAAUGAAAUCUCGACAUACAUGCAGCACAAGUGUUGUGCUUAAUAUUGCCAUGUGCGAUUUCCCCCUACUUUAUGCAAAUUAAUGGCUCCAUGGUUUUAUCAGUUGAGUUAAUUUGAGUUACGAGUUUGUUAUAUACUUCAAUUUCGCAUUGGCAUAGCUGAGCAAACACAAUUUAAUGUUUCGGGUUGCCGGUUCAGAUAUAUUUAAUUAACGAAACAUUUUGGAUUGAUAUACCUACGCCACACAAUGUAUAAAAACAUAUAAAGCGACAUUUCUAAGUGGCAAUGUAUGCUAUAUAAAUAUAAAUUAUAACAAAUUCAACGUGGAAACGAUGUUUUUUUAAUGCUUGUUUCAACAUUACACUCUGAUUUUCUGUCUUUUGUAUUUGUUUGUCGUGCUCUUUCGAAUGCAAGUUGGACUCAUCGGAAUUACGUCAAAACGUCGCAUUUCAUCGACGACAAGAUUAAGCUCGGCUGUUUUUUUUCGAAAGAUGUUCUUAUUUUCAUGCAAUAUAACAUUCCUCUCGCGACCUCGAUAAUCCCUGAUAUUACAAAUAUGCUUACUCCUAGCAUAGUUUAUUGCGUUUCAUUCCACCUUUUACAGUAACUAUCUCAAUAUACAUAUGACCACAAAAAGCUCGAUUAAUUCAGCUGCAAACAACUAUAACUACGCGUAAACAGCAUAUUAUAAUAUUGACCCGUCGUUUUGCGCGGCUUGUCUAAAGUGUGUUGUGCCAAGUAUAAAUGAAGUAUUGACGUGUUAUCUCAGCAUAUGCAUUAGGAACAUUUCCGGACAUGCUAUAUUUCCCCUAGCAUAUAAUUGUAUUUUGCCCUCAAAAAAAGGCUCUUUGACUUUGUAGCUUUGCACCUAUUCAAAGUCAAAAACUUCGCUGAAUUAGCCUGUAUGGGACUUUAUGUAUGGCUUGAAAGCAUUUAGAGAUUGAAACUGCACUGACAGUUAUUUGUCAAAACGUCAAGAAUUUUUUCCGUAUUCAGACUGUUGCUGAUCCCAAUCAAUAUAAUAGAUGUUUGUCCUGUAUAUAUAUUGUCUAGGACAAACGGCGAAUCCGGCAUGAGUUGUAUCGAUGAAAAACUAUAUAGCUAUAGGUAACAUUACUAACCUAGCUUAUAUAUUUUUAGAAAACGUGUUUUCCUGUCCCACGUGUUUAAUUUUCAGCAAUAUAUGCGAAAAAUAACGUCAACAAUUAAAUUUAUCUGUGUUAAGCUUUAGAUGUAGCUAUAACUAUAAGGGCAUGGUGAUGCAUAUUGCAGUGGCCAUGCAUGUAUCGCUAUAUACUUAUAAUUUUCGCCAAAACGAGGAAUCGCAGCCAAAUAUUAAUCGAGCACUCUAUACUUGUUUUUUCCAAGACCAGACUUGUUUCCUCUUUGACUAGUUUCCUCUUUGACUUUGGAUAGUAUUUUAUCUAAUGAAUUCUAUUAUAUUAGGAAGCAACAAGCACAUAUACUUGAAACGUCAACAACUAACUCGGUCUAUCCGCAUUUAGCUUCAGCUAGAGUCCCGGAUCUACAGUAAAGUAGUGAAUAUUGGCCUCGUAUUGCAGCUUUUCGCUGAAGUGAAGAACCUCUGCCAAGUAUUGUUGAUUGUUAUUCUUGCAUAUUUUUAAUGGCAUAUUUUUUUCAAACAGUAUUUCCCCCCUUUGAACGUGCUUAACUGAAUACCGUCAUUUGCAAUUGAAUUAUUUUGAGAAAGGGUACCUAUGAUUUAUAAAUGGAUGCACCCAUAUAUUUUAAUGAUAAUAAUUUAGCACUAGCUAAAUGUGAGUAUAUACUGAAUAACCAUUAUUAACUGAUAUUUCUACCCAAGUAACUGUGCAUGAAACGAAUGGAAACAUCUACUUUCAUAGUUUCAAGCAUGCUGAGAUAUUAUCAACCGUAUUCAAAAAACCCUCUCUCACUUGCACUCAUUCAGGGUGACAUAGAAAUAGUGUAAUCAUUUAUCAAUAAGGUAUAGUCCUUUCUUAAUCAAUGGUAAAAUUUACUUGCUCAACAGUUUUUUUACUGAUAGCUUUAUGAUAAACUACUAUGUUUCAACCAUGCUUUAAUUGGCAUACGACGUUUUAAAUCUAGUCUCAAUCGUACUCAACAUCAACAUGUUUUUUCCUCGAAAGUCUGUUUCAUUGCUACCAUAACAAUUUAAUUGAAUAUCCGGAUUGCAGCUUUUCGCUGAAGUGAAGAACCUCUGCCAAGUAUUGUUGAUUGUUAUUCUUGCAUAUUUUUUUAUGGCAUAUUUUUUUUAAACAGUAUUUCCCCCCUUUGAACGUGCUUAACUGAAUACCGUCAUUUGCAAUUGAAUUAUUUUGAGAAAGGGUACCUAUGAUUUAUAAAUGGAUGCACCCAUAUAUUUUAUGAUAAUAAUUUAGCACUAGCUAAAUGUGAGUGUAUACUGAAUAACCUUUAUUAACUGAUAUUUCUACCCAAGUAACUGUGCAUGAAACGAAUGGAAACAUCUACUUUUAUAGUUUCAAGCAUGCUGAGAUAUUAUCAUCCGUAUUCAAAAAACCCUCUCUCACUUGCACUCAUUCCGGGUGACAUAGAAAUAGUGUUAUCAUUUAUCAAUAAGGUAUAGUCCUUUCUUAAUCAAUGGUAAAAUUUACUUGCUCAACAGUUUUUUUUACUGAUAGCUUUAUGAUAAACUACUAUGUUUCAACCAUGCUUUAAUUGGCAUGCGACGUUUCAAAUCUAGUCUCAAUCGUACUCAACAUCAACAUGUUUUUUCCUCGAAAGUCUGUUUCAUUGCUACCAUAACAAUUUAAUUGAAUAUCCGGCCGCCGCAUCAGGCUUCAGAGCUUCAGCUUAAGCCGCACGUGCACUUGUUCCUUGUUGGCGCUUGGUUCAGUCGUGUGUCUUAUCACGACGCAGCCUGCACGAGACAACUGUAUACCACUGCCUCUACCAUGCAUUCGCUGACCUAUUGUGCUCCUGAUUGGUUAAUCCGAUAGAUUUACGUCAUUUAAUUGGUUAAUGGGAAUAAUGACGUCUCAAAAGGAACCGCGGCUGUAGUUAUACGGCAGCGCAUGCCUGCAUGCAUGGAAAUGGUUGGUCGCGUCUUCGGUAAUAAAAGCAGGAGAGCUAUGCAAGAUUUAUCAUUCAGUCGGUGACAUUUGGUACAAGGAAUAUCUCGAGAAAUAUUUCAAUGGAUUCAAAAUUCCAGAUAUUGGUGAUUUUAUCUCUCUCCUUAGUUUCGCCUUCAUACCAAAAUCCAUCUUGUGGCAGUGGAGCACAAUGUACGGACGGACCUUGCUGUAGCAAUUGUAAGUUUGUUGCUAGAGGAACAGUAUGCCGUGCGGCUUUGAACUCGUGUGAUGUUCCCGAGUAUUGCAAUGGUAGAAGCAGUUCGUGCCCUGAUAAUCUGGUAACUGCAAAUGGUAUACCCUGCAAAAAUGGUCAGGGAUAUUGUUAUGCAGGAGAAUGCAGAACGCACAAUGAACAAUGCAAUAAUUUGUGGAUUGGUGGUGCUUUUAAAGCUAACGAUGCUUGUUAUAAGGUGUACAAUCAGCGUGGUGAUCGACAUGGGUACUGUCAGAAUCGCAAUAUUUUCAUCGGUGGCAAAAGAUAUUACCUGUACUAUAACGCUUGUUCAAUAAAGGAUGCCCAAUGUGGUAAAUUGUGGUGUGCUGGCACGGGAAACAUAUCACCAAAGGAUUUUGGCUUCAGUAAUCAGUGGACUGAUGCUACCUUAAAUAGUAGAAGAAUCAGAUGUCGGUCCGCACAAAUAUACCAGGCUGGCAGUAAACCAGAAUUAGGAACUGUCUUAGAUGGGACGAAGUGCGGUGACAAAAAGGUUUGUCGAAACAAUAAGUGCGUGUCGCUUGCAGUAGCUUAUGGUGGACAACGAACUUGUGCAAAUAACUGUAAUGGCAAUGGAGUGUGUAAUGAGAAUGGCAACUGUCAUUGUAACCCUGGAUGGAAGUGUCCUGAUUGUUCAAAAGCGUACAAUGGUGCGGGUGGAAGCAGUGAUAGUGGUCUGGAUUGUAAUCCUACUGCACCAGUUCUAUGCCAAUGCGCAGAGGGCGCUUGCUGCAAGAAUUGCCAGAUUGUCCGCAAGGGAACCGUUUGUCGUAGCGCAGCAAACUCAUGCGAUGUUCCAGAGCAUUGUGAUGGUACUAAUAGUAAGUGCCCUGCUGAUCUAAAGACGGUGAAUGGUUUAUCUUGUAAAAAUGGAAAGGGAUAUUGUUACAAAGGGGAAUGCACAACGCAUGAUGAGCAAUGUAACUAUUUGUGGUUUGGCGGUGCUUUCAAAGCGAAUGACGUUUGUUACCAAAGAUUUAAUCUGCGGGGUGACAUUCAUGGCUACUGCAAAAGACAUUCAGCUACACGUUACCAGGCUUGCACACCAAGAAAUGUUCAAUGUGGCAAAUUAUGGUGUGUUGGUAAAGGCGAAAUAGAGGCGAUAAACUUUGGCUAUGGUAAUAGAUGGAGUCGUGGUACUUUGAAUGGUCACACUUGUCGCUCUGUGGUGAUCAAUAUGGCCUCUGGUAAGCCGGCUUUGGGUACUGUCUUGGAUGGGACAAAAUGUGGAAGCGGCAAGGUUUGUCAGGACAACAAAUGUGUGUCACUUUUGGCGGCUUAUGGCGGGCAGCCGAAAUGUGCGAAUAACUGUAACGGACAUGGGGUUUGUAAUGAAAAUGGCAACUGUCAUUGCAAUAAAGGUUGGAAGUGUCCUGAUUGUUCAAAGGCGUACAACGGGCCAGGAGGAAGCCGUGAUAGUGGUAGUUGUUAGCAUGCAUGCAACUUUAUCUACGCUUUUUUGAUGGUUGAAUUUUCGAUUUAUAUCUAACAUUCAAAUUCUAUUUCGUAUAUGUGAUCUGCCCUAUAUAUAUGUCUAGUAUAAACGCAUGCAUAUUAUCGCAGUGGCGGAUCAAGGUAUAGGCUGAGACUUUAUUUCAAAUUAAACUAUUUUAAUUUUUUUUUGAAAUAAAAAUCCACUAACGUGAUUGCAAGUUAGAGCUGUAGUAAUCUAUUCAGCCUUACCCUAGAUCCGUUACUGAUUAAGCCAGGUUCUCAUGACAUGAGAACGGAGCCCUAUGCGUUGUGAUGUCAUACAAAUAAACGAAAAAAGUAUACAUUAAUGUAUUUUGCGUCAUUUUCUAAAGCAUGUUCGACCUCCCCUGUGGAGAUUAUAGAAAAUAUCAAUUGUUAUGUUUCAAUUGUUAAUUAACAAGAACAUGAUAGAAAUUGAAAUAGACUUGCAUGCUUAUUUCCUUUAAGUGUAUGUGAAAUAGCGAUCUCAUGUGCAUGCCUAUGCCUGUUUCCCACCUACCAGAAACGUGCCCCAAGUUUUUUU